AUGGCCAAUCAAGUCAAACAGAUCACCGAAACGGAAGGUGGGGGAAGCUCUUGGAAUCCUUCGGGCCUGGGUAUGACGAGCUUUGGCGAGUCACCCGCAGGCUCGUCGGUGGCUAAGCUGGCUGAAAAAGUCGUUCUCCAAAGGCUCAACGAAGAAGUUGAGGACCGAAAUGUUCUGCCUCAUGAACAAGUUGGCUUCAGGAGAGAACACUCCACUGAGUUACAAGCUCUAAGGCUGGUCAAAAACACCAUCCACGAGUUGAACACUAAUAAAAAAGUGCACAUAGUACUGUUAGAGAUCUCGAAGACCUUCGACCGUGUAUGGCACGAAGUCAAGGGGAAAACUUACGAAUUCACUACAGGUGCCAAAGUAGCAGUUUCCACGUGGCAUGGUUGCGUUGUGGAGGUAAAAGGAAAAACUUAUGUGAUUUAUACUGCAAAAGUGGCUCCUAUGGUGAUGUAUUCAAACUGUCAUGGGGCCUUGGAGUUCAUGCGAACUGACGCAAAGAAAUAUAACGAAAGAGGACCAAUUGCGAUGGUUGUCGGACCUAGUGAUGUUGGAAAGUCAACCAUUUGUAGACUACUUCUAAAUUAUGCUGUUCGAAUGGGAAGAAGACCCAUUUUCGUAGACCUCGAUGUAGGCCAAGGGCAUAUUUCAAUCCCAGGUACAAUAGGGGCUUUAAUGAUCGAGAGGCCUGCUUCCAUUGAUGAAGGAUUUUCCCAAGAAGCUCCUCUUGUGUAUAAUUUUGGAGACAAAACUCCAGGUUCAAAUAUAACCCUAUUCAAUAUGCUGGUUCAACAGUUGGCAGGAGCAGUGAAAGAAAGGCUAGAAGUUAAUAAAAGAACAAGAUCCUCGGGAGCUAUCAUCAACACCUGUGGGUGGACCAAAGCUGAAGGAUACAAACAGUUGCUGAGUUCUGCAAAAUGUUUUGAGGUUGAUGUUAUAUUCGUUUUGGAUCAGGAAAGACUAUACAAUGAAUUGGUUAGAGAUGUGCCGAACUUUAAUGUGGUAUUUCUGCCUAAGAGUGGAGGAGUUGUGGAACGAUCAAAGAGAGUUAGAGGUGAGGCCAGGGAUCAGAGGACACGAGAAUACUUCUAUGGCACUCCUAGCGAUUCCUUAUACCCCCACUCGUUCGAUGUGAAGUUCUUUGAGGUGAAAAUUUUUAAAGUUGGUGCCCCUGCUCUUCCAGAAUCUUGCUUGCCACUUGGAAUGAAGGCAGAUGACCACAUGACUAAACUCGUAUUAUUGUCACCCAAUGCAGGCCUCCUGCAUCAUAUUUUAGCAGUAAGUGUUUCAGAGAAGACAUAUAAUGAGGUGGUUUCUUCACAUGUUGCUGGUUUCGUUUGUGUGACAAAUGUAGAUACAGAAAGACAAAUUCUCACACUUUUAUCGCCACAACCAAAGCCGCUGCCAAAUCACAUUUUGGUUCUCUCGAAACUACAGUUUAUGGAUACCCACUGA